GAAUUGUGAAUGUCAAAUAGAAAUUAAAAAGGCAAAUGACGUUACACAUGUAAAAGUCCGUGUAAAAAGUGUAAAAAAUAGUUAUAAACUCAUUCGUAAUUAUUAAGUUGUGCAAUAAUGAAUAUCAUUGAAAUGAAAGCGAGGCCGUAUUUAGUAAGGCUGCUUUUUAUUUUAUCACUUGCAUUUACAAUAGGUGCAACAGUGGACUUGACUUAUACAGGCCAUAUUGAUGAUAAUACUUACAAUGAUAUAACACCAGAGUUUGUUUCCUACACCCAAGGGCGACAAAGGCGUGACGUCAACAACUCUUCUGUUCCUGCCACUAAUGCCACUACAAAUGUUUCCAUACCAUCACCUUCCUCUAUUACUCCGACCAACAAUUCUGCACCAGUUAUCAAUACUACUAUAGAAACAUCGUCGCUACCUCCAUCCGCCAUCAAUAAGCUGCUUGGAGUAAAUGGUUCAGGGAUUUUGCACGUCGAUGUAAAUGUCAAUACACCAAAAGUGAGCGAUCCCAUCGCACCAGAUGACACCACGAAUGAUGUUUUCAAAGAAACUCCCGAGACUAUAAAGGCUGAACACAAUAUAAGUAAUCUCAGUUAUGAUAACCACAACUUUUACAAUAGUACGUUCAUUGGGGAUCCAGAAUAUUUUAAACAGUAUUGGGCCAACAUCACUCUACCAAAAGCAAAUAUACACGAUGUUUUGAGCAAUUCUCAUAGACGAGCAACAACUAUAAAGGCGUCAUUCCCGUUUCCAUUCUACGGACACCCCGUUGCCAACAUGACAGUCGCGACGGGUGGAUUCAUCUACAUGGGCGACCAUGUUCACAACUGGCUAGCAGCUACUCAAUACAUAGCUCCGCUCAUGGCCAACUUCGAUACUACGCUCACUAAUGACAGUUGCGUCAAAAUGAACGACGAUGGUGAGAAGUUCACUGUCUUCUGGGAGAACGCCACCCUCAGACAAGACAUUGAGAAAAAGUUCACAUUUGCUGUAACUCUAUACAAGAAUGGUGAUAUCAUAUUCGCAUAUAAGGACAUCCCUCUACCGUUGAAGGAUAUCAUUGACAGCGAACAUCCAGUCAAAGUUGGCAUCAGCGACGCGUAUUUAACUGACAAGUUUCACUACCAUGUCAGACGGAAGACAAUCUACGAAUACCACAGAGUAUCGUUUAAGAACUACGAGAUCACAAACAAUACCAUCCUAAAACUGGUAGCUCUUCCAACUUGUCUGCAGUACGACUCGUGCCAGAGUUGCGCUAAUCACGAGACCGGCUUUAAGUGCCUGUGGUGCGAUCAAAUUCAAGUUUGCUCGAGUGGAACAGAUCGUAAUAAACAAGAUUGGAUUCUGAGACAUUGCGACACGUCGGCUAUAUCCAAUGAGACGGCUUGCCCGGCGAGCACGCACGUGGACGCGCCCGACGGCUCCGGCAAGAUCGUGUACACUACCGACACCCGGCCGACCAGCUCGCACGACACCGCCAUCGUCACUACUGGCGCAGUGAGCUCAGAGCCUGCCGCCAAGGCGGCGGUGGCGGCGGCAGUGGCGGCGGGUGAGCCAGCACCAGAGGCGCCGCCCGCCUCGUCGUCGGCGGGUGGCGUGGUGGGUGCGUUUGUUGCCGUGGCGCUAGUGUGCAGCCUCGCCGCCUGGGUGCUAUACGCGUUCAAAAACCCACACACUCGCAGUGGCCAGCUGCUUAUCAAGUAUCGUCCGUCCACGUGGAGUUGGCGCCGGGGCGAAGCGCGCUACACCGCCGCGACCAUACACAUGUAACGGAGGCUCCGUCUCCAAUCAACCAUAUAUUAUAGGAUAACGCACACUUUGUAUGUGUUUUUCGCGCGAAUUAUGACUUAAACUUAACGUUAUAGAACAUAGAACAGUGCUUCUUAAUAUUUGCCAUAAAAUUGCAUAUUUUAUACAAAGGAUAAAAAAUAAUAUAUAUUUUUUUGAAUCAUUAGAUAUAUAAACUUCAACGGUGUCUAGCGAGGGUCGCCACGAUCUCUGGUACCUGACGCAUCGAUCUCCUAUUAAAAAGUGGAUGCACAAUCAGCGACCAAAAAACGUCCCCACUAAAUGAGUGCCAAACACAAUUUCUUGGCACUCAAUUCAAGUAGUCGCUUUUGCAAAUUCAACCUUUUUUCACAAUUUUCUUUACCAAUAAUUCUAAAAUUGUCAAAGCAAAAUUGGGCAGUUUUUAAGUGAAAUUUUCCACAUUAUUGUGCGUCCUUUUAUUAUAAGAGGUCAAUGACCUGAGGGCAUUAUUUCCAUAUUUUCAAAGAAAGAUAUAUAAAAUAAGUACGAUUUAUGGUUGGGCGGUUAGUGGUCGGAAGCUUUGAAACUGCUUUAUUCCUUCCAAUUUUCUACUUCCCAAAGCCUCAAUGAUCCAAAUAAAUUUGUUUUCUAUCUAUAACACCACAAACUAAGCAUUUAGUAAAUGAAGCUUUGGCCACACGGCUUUCAAACCAUUAUGUACUAUUUUGACGGCCUCCGUGACGCAGCGGUAAACGCGGUGGAUUUACAAGACGGAGGUCCUGGGUUCGAUCCCCGGCUGGGCCGAUUGAUGUUUCUCAAUUGGUCCAGGUCUGGCUGGUGGGAGGCUUAGGCCGUGGCUAGUUACCACCCUACCGACAAAGACGUACCGCCAAGCGAUUGAGCGUUCCGGUACGAUGUCGUGUAGAAACCGAAAGGGGUGUGAACUUUCAUCCUCCUCCUAAGAAGUUCCCCCGCUUCCAUCUUAGAUUGCAUCAUCACUUACCAUCAGGUGAGAUUGCAGUCAAGAGCUAACUUGUAAAGAAUAAAAAAAUAUAUAUACCAUGUUUGAACCACUGCUCUAUUUUAAGUCUUAAUUCCGCUCUCCUUUAUAUCUUGAAUACUUAUUAACAUUUUAUUUUAUGCUAAUGAUGAAUCACUUGUACACUCCAAGCCGUCGAUUGGUGCCUUCUAAUAUAAAUUAUGACGACAUGAAAUACUUUUACAUCAUUAUAUGUUAUUUACAAAUAUUUUAUAGAUAUUAUGUCUUAACUAUAAAAAGUGUAUUGAAUUUUUGUAUGAAAUACUUUUACGGUAGUGUUUUACGAAUAGUAUUAGAAAUGAAACAAUCUUUUAAUGAUCUUUGUCGAUUUUAUUAAGGUUAUGAGGGAAGGUUUAGUAUUUAGUGAAAUAAGAAAGAACGCUAGGAGCUGUAGCUCAAUUACUCACUUGGAAGUAAUAUGACAAUGUGCUAGAGGAACAGUUUGUUUAAAAAGUGCCUUUGACUUCCGUAGAACAUAUUCCGUCCUGAAUUUUUAAUGAAGUUUGAAAAUUAACGUAACUGCACCGUGAAUGCAGUAUAGUAAAAAAACUCGAAAUGUUUGAUAAUGAUACUCUUUGUAAUUGUCCUUACUUUAGGUACAAAAGUGUACACCAUUGAUCUUCUAUUAAAAAAUGGAUGCACAAUCAGCGACCAAAAAACGUCCCCACUCAAUGAGUGCCAAACACAACUUCUUGGCACUCAAUUCAAGUAGUCGCAUUUGCAAAUUCAACCUUAAACUCAAUCCUUAAGGUUGAAUUUGCUCUGAAUUUGGGAUUUUAUUGAAUAUUGGACUUAAAGGCCUUUAGGCAUAUUUUUUUUACCAAUAAUUCUAAAACUGUCAAAGCAAUAUUGGCCAGUUUUUAAGUGAAAAUUUCUACAUGAUUGAACGUCCAUUUAUUAUAAGAGGACAAUGGUGGACACACUUUAAAGUACCAUAUUUUAAUGCCAAACUUAAAGCACGUUCCACAUUCGCCCGAUCCGCUUACCUAUUCACCGUGUGGAUGCCGGCUACAUCGUGUAGUAUAAAAAAAAAAUAGAACCCCAGACUAGCGACCGAUGUACCACCAUACAUUUGAUCGGAUAAUGACGUAUCACACAACCAAAUAUGCGUAAAAGUCUGGCCGCUCAGAGAUUGCGUUUCUGACAGGUAGUGAUCGAAUGGGAGAAACAUAUUCAAUUACAAUUGCCUCGUUAUUUUGUCUCAUCACUACAAAGACAAACUGUUGGCAUAACCUUGAAACAGCGCGGUUCGGCCACCUAGUGCGCCAGUUCGAAGUCACAUCGCCUACUAUAUCAUGACCAGGAACGCAAUCUCUGAGCGGCCGAUGAGGCGAAUUGUUACGUGUCAGUGUGAUUCUGACUAUUAUUAAAGGAGCUGACACAUAUUAUCCGACGAGUACACACUCGUAUUGAGGCCAAAAAACAAGAUACAAUACGUAAACAUCCAGCAGACUAACGAAUGAUGUAUCAUAUUCUCUUAAUAUUCAUAUUCAUAUUUUAUUCAUAAAUUUUCAUGAAUAAAUGUCAUAAAAUUGUAUUUUCUAGGAAUUUGAUAAAGCUAUUUUGAAUAUAUUGAAAGCCUUUUCGACAAGCCAAGCUUUCAGUUUUUUUUAAACGUAAUUCAUAUAUUCUUUGAACUUUUUAUAUUUUAUGGAAUCCUGUCCAUCCCUAUUACUAUUAUUGUCUUCGAUGCUUUUUUUAGUCUGUAAUAUAUCACUCCUCUUCGAAAACUAAGAAACGAUGAAUGAAAGACGCACGACUGAUGCACGUCACUUCCCCGCACGCACGUUUUCACACCCGCGCAGUCUUUUCCCCUGUCGCCCGCAUAUCAUGGGAGUGUUAUCAACGAAUUCGCCAGACUAUAAUGACAUACGGUACGGUACGGUCAACGGAACGGGUGAAUGAUACAAAUGUGGAAUCGGCUUUAGAGUUUUUAUUUUAAUAUGAAAAAUUAAUUGAAUGUUUUGAUGUACAAUUUUAAUGGAAUAGAAUUUAUUUCUGUUGUCUUCCACUGUAAACGUUUUAUGUUCUAUUAUUAUUUAAACCAUAAAGAAAUCUGUUUUGAUUUCUGUAUAAUUAUAUAAUAUUAUAAUAUUUUUAUUAAAAUCUCAAAUGAACAAAUCUGCAGCUAAUGAUGAUCUAAAAAUACAUGUAAGUAAGUUCCUCAGUAAAUUAUUUUUAAACUUUGCUUACGGUAGCUUUGAUAGAUACAAUAAAGCAGCUUAAUAAAAUUUUAAAUAAAUGGUAAUUAUAAAAGUUACCUAAACUUUUGUAUUAAAAAUGGAUGAAGAAAAAUUUACUUGGUUAAAUUAAAAAUAAAAAAACAAUAAUAUUCCAUGUAUUGUAUGACCAGAAAAUAAUAAACCUCGCCAUGUGGUGGAAAAAAAUUUAAUUUAGUCUCAGGCUGCUAAAAAUAGAAUGCCUAGAAUCUAGGUUUUUUAUAUUUCUGGCCAAGCUGUUAAAGUUGUGCUGAUAAUACCGGCAAGCCGACUAUUUCGUUAUACAUAGUUAUUUACAAUCGAUAAAGGACCGACUGUCGGGAGAUUGUCUGACUUUUGUUUUAUUAAAAAAAAAAACACUUUAUGGCGUUAAGAACACGACUAGACAUUGAGAUGAAUGUCACAGAUAUCACUAGCGUUGUCAAGAUUUUUUCAGAAAAAUAUAGUAUUUUUUAGAUUUAGCUGUAAAAAAAUAUAGUACGCAUAAAUAAAAUAUAGUACUUCAGGUAACAAGCAAAAUAUCGACAUUUAUUUUCAAAAAUCAAUAUUUAUUCACUCUUAUUGCAUUUUUCAAGAGUUAAUGAAAUGACCCUUCUUACAGUCGGGUAAUAAGAGUGUCUUACGCUGUUUUGCACAUUUUUUUUUAAAUUUUUGAAAACCAAAACCAUUUUUUUUUUUCUAAUUCGUUCGUUUAAUGUUUGUAACUCAGUAAUACACAAGUUCGGAUAGGCAAUUGCAUCUGUCAAAAACUAAUGUUCAUAACGUUUUGAAAUGAAAAUUUUGUUUCUGUGUUCUAAAUAUCGCAAAAAUACUUACGCAAAAAUACUUUGCGUACUAUAUAUAUCUUCAACAUUAUAUAGUACGUAGACCCCAAAUAUAGUACGAUACUAUUAUAUUAUACGGUUGUACGGUUGGCAACGCUAGAUGUCACCCCUGUUUACGCCCAAUGGUCGGCUAGUCGGCCAUUCUCUAAAUGUGUUGAUAGACUUGAGCAUUCACUUGUAAUGAGCAUUCAUGCGAAUGAUAUAUCACAGAAAAAUACGAAAACAUUUUUGCGAGCAUUCUAUCGGACGUUCUGGCGAGGAUUCUAGCGAGCAGAUUUGCUUGAAGUCUGACAUCUUCAUGAAGAAUAUCUUUGACGAUCAACGAAUAAAGUGUUCGCUAGAAUUCUCAAGAAGUUCGUAGCAAUAUUCGGGUCUAUGCUAAGCUCGGCUCGUUGUUCAGUUCGACAAAUAUAAAAACGGCGAAUGCUCGAUUUUCUGUUACAAGUGAAUGAUCAAGUCUGUCAGCACCGUAAUGCAAUGAAUUGUGUAGUUAUAAAAAUGGUAGCCUACAAGUAGACUAUGACUGUAGAUUUGAUUUUGAAGAUUUAUUGAGAUUCUGAUCAUAACUGCCCAAUAGUGUCUUGACUAUUUUAAGGAACUCUGUUUUGGAGUGUACUAUUAUUAAAUUUUACUAACUUCUUAUUAUUAUAUCGAUGUAUAAGAUUAGUUAGACUUUAUUAUGAAAUGGAUAUUCGAGUGAUAUUACACGUAGAAUAUAAUCCCAUCAAAACAAAUGUGAAAAUAAAAGUCUAUUAAAGUCGCCUUUAGUAGAGUCCGCGCCACGAAACAAGUCCCGUAAACGCGGCGCUAAUGUCUUAAUGGCGCUUACUGUUAUUUGGUAAUUGCGGCCUUAUUGUCAUUUGUAUAAGGCGCUGUCAAUUUUAGUUCAGGUUUUAGCCAAGGGACUUCUUUCGUGGCGCUGAGUCUAUAAUGUUUUGCAAAAUUAUUAAAGUUUUUGGCAUUAUACAAGUGUUUGUUAUUCAAAAAUAUAAUAACACUUGAACAGUCGAAUUAUUAAUUGAAUUAAUCUUUUUGCAAUAUUGUUUGUUCCAAUAAAAAAAAAAUCAGUAUUAUCUGUAGAAUUUGGUAUCCAUUUAGUUCGCUUGUCUGCUGUCACACAUUCUCAUUAAUUGACUUGGCUUGCAUUUUCACAUAAAUAUAUAUGUUUUGAUGGGAUUAUUAUCGAUUUUUAAAAUCUGUUGUAAGCUAAAAAGCAAAUAAUCAUUUUAAUUUAAACAUCACAUCACAUCACAAAACUAUUGAUUCUCGCUCGCCUUGUGGUAUGUUAUUGGUCCGAGGUUGUACUAUUAUUAUUAUUAACAUGCAAUUUUUGUUUUAUAGUGCAAGCAGUAAUAAUCCUAAUUUAUAUGAAAAUGCUUUUCGUGGGUUACUAUUUCCCGAAUUUCCCAAUAAUUUUUACAAAGUCUGAUAAUUGUGCAAACAUUCUUUAUUUAAAUAGUUCAUAGAUAUUAGUAUUAAAAAUAAAGUAUUUACAAAAAAUUUACACCAUCAAUUUUUUUAAUCAACUCACUCAACACGCUGGCCUCUGUAAGGCAAAUGAGCGCUAGCUUUUGGGUCACCUGACGCAUGGAUUGGUUUAUCAGUUACCAGAUUCAUACAUUUUUUAGGGUCGAAUGACCAGAGGCAGACCAACAGACUAAAACCGGAUUUAUAUUUGUCAGACGUGACUUGACGUGACGCAUCAGAACAGAAUCGGUAUAAUUUAUUCUAUAUGGCAACGUUUACACUUAUGUGUUGUGACAUGUCGUGAUGUCGCAUACAAAAUUUAUAAAGCCGGAUUUAUAUUUGCCACGACACGUCAGACAAAUAUAAAUCCGGCUUAAUUCACUAUCUAUGACGUAUGCUAGUUGACACAUACGAAAUUGAGAUUCUAUGUAUCAAAUGUCAUCCGGUGGAUAUCAUUCAGUAGGUAGACGAUUCAGUCGAUUUGAUGUUUAUUUUAAUAAGUUGAUAAUAUUUACCAAAAUAAUGAAUAGGCUAGCAGGACAGGGAUCAAAGUCCCGAUAUACAAGCGCCGCAAAUAAGUGGUCCAUGAACCGAUAAUUGUUUCUUUAAUUAGUUUAAUUCUUAAUUAGUUGAGUCAAAUAGGGUUUAGAUCUCGGAACCGAUUGAAUGGAAUUUAAUGAAUAAUCUUUAUUUAGUUUAUAUAUAUAUUAAAAUGUUUGGGCCUACCUCCUUAUGGAUGAUAUAUGAUGCCUUACCCGAUAAUCUGCUAUAUUGUGGGUUAGCGGGCUUAGGAUAAAGUUUGACUCUUUAACGAUCUUUAUCACGUGUUAAUGAUAAGUUGAGUGCCUACAGCUAAAAUUGGAUCUAUUAUGUUAUGUGCGAGUUUUACAAUAAUCUGUAAUCAUCAUAAAUAAAUAAAUCAAUUUCAACACCAAA